AUGUCCUUGCGAACAACGAUACAAUCCUUCCUGGGAAAAUCUCCGUAUCGGCUAUCUGAAACUGACGUCAAGGUGCAGCGCGUACCAGAUCUGCCCCCAAUAGCCAUACGAGAAAGCUUUAUGGGUUCUUUCUGGGCACCAUGCCACCCAAAGUCGCCCAUAAAUAUAUAG